AUGACUUUCACUCUCCCGACAACUUUGCCACAACAACUCAUUGAGCUGAAUGCAUUAUCUUUGAUCAUUUGUGUUCCAGCCGCUAUUUUCUUCUAUUCCAUUGCGCUUGCAAUUUAUCGUAUAUGGUUUCAUCCUCUUUCUAAAAUUCCUGGGCCGCCACUCCUCGCAACUACCGACAUCAUUAACCAAUGGCGCAGCAAUAUCGAUGGAACUUUUCCCCGCGAGGUAUCUCGGCUGCAUAAGCAAUUUGGACCACUAGUCCGUGUUGGACCCAACCGCAUUGCCGUCGAUGGUAGUAUCGGCUAUCCUGAGGUGUUUAGCCUCAAAGCCAAAGGUCUGGCUGGGACUUUCGACAAGGUCCGUAACUACCUUUUCGAAGGUGACUAUAAUUCAAUACUCGGAGCUCCCAACGAAUUACACCGCCGGUUGAGGCGAUCUCUAGCCCACUCGUUCAGCGAAGCGGCGAUCCGUGAACAAGAAGGCAUCAUCGAAAAGCAUGUAAACAUGUUAUUGGAGCAGCUGACACGCAAAGCUGAGCUUGUAGAGACUGUAGAUAUUGUGAAAUGGAUGAACUUUACAUUCUUUGACAUCAUUGGCGAGCUUACCUUCGCAAAAUCGUUCAACUCACUUGAGACCGGUGAAGAGCAUCCUUACAUCACCAAUUUUUUUGACGCUAUCCUGGGAAACUCUUACAACCGCUUUCUAACGUCAUAUCCCUACCUAAAUAUUCCUUUCAAUAUGAUGAUGGGUCGAAAGCAGGUUCUAAGAGCGAUGAAUCAAAACGUUGAGAAUUCAGUAUUUACCCAAGAAUUAACAAAAAAGCGUAUAGAAAUGGGCGAAGAGUCAAAGACAGGCCAACGCGAUUUUAUGUCUCACAUGCUGAAGAAAAAUCGAGAGGGCGAGCAAGCAAUGGCGAACGAAGAUAUUUUGCAGAACUCAAUGAUUUUGGUCGGCGCGGGAAGUGAGACGACUGCAUCUGCCAUGAGCUUCUUCUUCUACAUCACCGGUACGAAUACCGCCCAAAAAAAAAUUCUGCAAGACGAGAUCCGCAGCACCUUCACUGAAGAGUCGGAAAUCAACAUGGUCAAAUGUGGCCAGAUCGGUUACCUACAUGCGUGUAUAGAGGAGACUCUGCGAAUGUUUCCUCCAGUAGCCGAGACGCCACCGCGUGUGUCGCCUGGCGCGAACAUUGGCGGUGAGUUCAUCCCAUCAGGGACAAUCAUUCAUGUAUACCCUUGGGCAACAUUCCGCAACCCAGAUAAUUUCACAGACCCGAACUCAUUCCGACCCGAACGCUGGCUUCUCCCUACACAUCCGCGCUACGAUGCUCGCUAUGCAAAAGACAACCUGGCCUGUGUCAAGCCCUUCAGUCAUGGACCUCGCGACUGUCUAGGCAAGAAUUUAGCCUAUAACGAAAUGCGCCUAAUCAUAUCCCGAAUCCUCUUCCGUUUAGAUUAUGAAUUGCUUGCAGGGCAGGAGACAUGGCAUAAUAACCAGAGGGCUUACCUGAUCUGGAAGAAAAAUCCGCUGAACGUGAGAUUCACCGUUCGAAAUAAUUGA